AAGUACGAGCAUUUUUCGGAAACAUCGAGCAGAGCAUAAAUAGGAUGAUAGGCUCCCUAAGAGAUUAACGUGAGAAAACCCUAAAACACAGCGUUUGAAAAAUUUCGGACUGAUUGCAGCUGGGUUUCAAAGAUCGACUUUACAAGCAAAUCUGACUUGACUUGAAUUACAGCAGAUUGAAGUUCACAAAAAAACUCCUCGAAUGCGCGGAGGCUUGUCAGUUAUAAAAAGAUCAAUUCAAGGGAACAGAUUUGAAAUUCGAGAAGAGAUUGCAGUUCGAUUUGUCCUUAGCUGAAUAUCAAACCUCCCCGCAAACUUUGAACAAACCCUCCAAACGAACAAACAAAAAUCUUGGCUAUCCUUGCACGCAUCACACGCCUGAUGCCCAUAUGGACGUGUUCACGGAAAGCAUCCCGUUGGUUUCCUUUUUCUCGAAGUUGCAAAAACAAAGAGCUCUGAUGAGGAGUCGAAGGGAUCAGACCGAUGGUGACAUGGAAACAAUUAGAUCAGGUAUACAAUCCUUAGAGCCAGCGGGAAUACCUGUGAGUAAUAUCGGCGUUGGUUGUGAGCGCAGUAUGGAGAGGACGUUAAGUACGGCGUCAGACAUCGUAGUGCGCCCUUGGGAUGGAGUUCCGAAUCAGGAGCCUCACUAUUUUACCUUUGAAGUGUCGUGGGAGGUUGCCAACAAAGUUGGUGGGAUCUACACUGUGAUCAGAUCUAAGGCACCUGCCGCAGUUGAUGUACUAGGAAACAAGUAUUGCUUGAUAGGAAUUUAUAAUGAUCUGCAGUGCAAGACUGAGGUCGAAAUGGUGGAACCUGAAGACCCUGCCAUUAAAGGUGCUAUUCAGGCCAUGAGAGACAGUGGUGUAGAGACUCAUUUUGGAAGAUGGUUGAUUGAUGGAUAUCCCAAGGUGGUUCUUUUCAACAUUGGCUCAAUUUACCACAAGCUGGGUCAAAUGAAGAAUGACUUUUGGAAGAAAACUCACAUUGGUAUCCCUGACCUUGACACAGAGUCUAAUGAUGCUGUUGUGUUGGGAUUCCUAGUUGCACAGUUUAUUGGAGAGUUUCGUACUAGAUGUGAACCUGACCUGCCUAUAGCUGCACAUUUCCAUGAGUGGCAGGCUGGGGUGGGAUUGAUUCUCCUGCGCAUGACAAAUGUAGCUGUGGCAACAAUUUUCACAACACAUGCAACACUGUUGGGCCGUUACCUUUGUGCAGCCAAUGUGGACUUCUAUAAUAAUUUAGAUAGGUUUGAUGUUGACAAGGAAGCUGGAGAUCGCAAGAUUUAUCAUCGUUACUGCCUUGAGCGAGCAGCUGCAAACAAUGCCCAUGUAUUCACUACUGUGUCACACAUCACAGCAGAUGAAGCAGAGCAUUUACUUAAAAGAAGAGCUGAAAUUGUUCUACCCAAUGGUCUAAAUGUUAUCAAAUACACAGCUCUACAUGAGUUCCAGAAUCUUCAUGCCAUUUCCAAAGAGAAGAUUUGUAACUUUGUGCGAGGUCAUUUUCAUGGACAUCUGGAUUUUGAUAUGGACAAGACAUUGUUCUUCUUCAGUGCUGGGAGGUACGAGUACUUCAACAAAGGAGCUGACUUGUACAUUGAAGCAUUAGCCAGGCUUAAUCACCUGUUAAAGUCCAGUGGCAGUGAUGUUACUGUAGUCGCAUUUCUAAUCUUUCCCGCGCGGACUAGCAACUUCAAUGUUGAUUCACUGAAAGGACAAGCUGUCACUAAACAGCUCAGUGACACAGUCUCUGAAAUCCAAGAUAAAAUUGGAAAACGGAUUUACGAGUCUUGUCUUGGGGGAAAGCUUCCGGAUGGCAAUAAGCUUUUAGAGGCAGAUGAGAUCAUCAAGCUGAAGAGAUGCAUCCUCGGCGCCAAGCGUCCAAACCUUCCCGCCAUUGUAACUCACAAUAUGUUAGAAGAUUCUGUGGACCCUAUUCUGUGUCACCUUCGAAGGACAAAUCUUUUCAAUAAGCCUGAGGACAGAGUCAAGGUUAUUUUCCAUCCUGAAUUCUUAUCCACCAUUAGUCCACUUCUUCCCAUUGACUACAGCGAGUUUGUACGUGGCUGCCAUUUGGGGGUGUUUCCUUCUUAUUAUGAGCCUUGGGGUUACACUCCAGCGGAGUGUACCGUGAUGGGAAUCCCCUCCGUGUCCACUAAUCUGUCAGGAUUUGGUCGGUUCAUGGCAGAACACGUGACUGAUCCUACAUCCUACGGCAUUUAUCUUGUGGACAGGAGAUUCAAGUCAGCUGAAGAGUCAAUUGAUGAACUCACGCAGUACAUGAUGAGCUUUUGCAAACUGACAAGAAGACAGCGAAUCAUUCAGAGGAACAGGACCGAGCGUCUUAGUGAAUUAUUGGAUUGGAGGAGUCUUCACCGGUAUUACACCCGAGCACGGUUACUUGCCUUGCAUCAUCUUCAACCGGACAAAUACGAGAAGCCGAACAUGACCGAGGAAGCGCAAUCGAAUUUCACUUAUCCACGCCCAAGCUCGGAACCACCAUCUCCAGUCGCUUCCGAAUGUGGCUCGGACACUGGCGAAGAUGAAGAAGACACAAAGCAUCGACUCUUCAGUGAUUAAACUGUUUCCCUACGGGAAUGGUUUUCAGUAUGAAUAAGCAACCUCUCCUUCACAUACUAAAAUGGCGUGCACAAGUAUUCCUGCAAUAACUUAAAAUCCAGACAAAAUUUAAAACAAGGUCUCUACUACGCUUUAGUAAUAUUAGUGACUCGGUCUAAUGCUAGUCAUCGUGACUUCAGUCGAUUUUUUGUAACGCAUUCUCUCAACGAUGAGUCACACUAUCUCUUCAACAUCGGCGUGACCAAAAUUAUUGGUUGAGCUGGGUACCGAGCCAAUUUUUCAUUAUUUCACUCCAUUGUAUGAAUAACGCUAAUCUUUGAAAUGCGUUCUUUGAAGAAUAUUAUGUGACAUUUAUAGAGUGUUUUAAGUUAAGUUAUAGUGAACUGAAAACCGAAUUGAUGCCAGUUGACCUGCAAUUCAAGUAGGGAACAUAUUUAAGAAGAAGAGGGGUGGUGACGGUGGGUCUUCUUUCAAAGUGAAAAUUCGUGGAAACAACAAUAGAAUUUAUGACUAGAAUUCAAUUGACAUUGCUUUAAUACAUAAGUAUAUGGCGGUGAGUAUUUCGUGUGAGGGUGAUAAAUGGUUAGUUUUAAUAUUAAUCUGAGUUUUUAUAGGGAAGGCAGUUUAUUUAUUUAAGCUGUUUAGCGUCAAGUUGUAAUAUGUAAUUGAAUCCUUUACUAAACAUAAACAUCUUUCCUUUUUUCUUUUGAAUAACAACAAACUGAGAGAAAUGAUAAUUACUCAUUGAGAUGAUAUUCUUGUAUUACACAUAGGAUGCAAUCAGCGAAUUUAAUAGAAUAUAUCGUUUACAAUUCGUGACACUUCUCCGU